AUGACUAAUAUCUGUGACUCCCAAUGGGAUGCGGUUAAGUAUCUUGAAGCAUUAGAAAAUUGCAAGUUUGGUUUGGAAAAGGCUACCGUAACAAGAAGAUUCAAAACACAAUUGCAAGAGAUAAACGCACAAGGCACAGAAGAAGAAAAGAAGAACGCAAUACGCCUCGAAGAUCAGUUCAACCCAUCCACUUUCGUUUCCAUACUUCGUCUCCAUACUACAGCUACCCAUGGAACUUCGUCUUCGCAUGGUUAUGGACUUCGCCUCCGCUGUUGGCUACAGCUACCCAUGGAACUUCGUCUUCGCAUGGUUAUGGACUUCGCCUCCGCUAUUGAAUCUAGGAAAACGGGACUAGUUGACAAUUUCUGGAUGAAACGUCACAAUUUUAUGAAACACGAAAAUUUGAAGGUUAACAGCACAUUUUUAUCUUGUGAUGGAGUACAGAUCGGUUGUAUUGGUAAUAACAUUCAAGGACAAAAACGACCUUAUGAGGAUCGCGAACAACCAGACCUUUUGAAUGACAAACAAUCACUCAAUACAAAGUGGCGUAACAAUUGGGCAAAAGGGAAUACAUUAUUAACAGACGAAGAUAAAGACAUCUUUGACUGUGUGCAGAUAGUUUCGAGAAAUUUUUUUACCUAUUUGUCUUCGGUGAGUUAUAAUGAGAAUAAAAAAUUGGACGAAGAUACGUUCAUCCAUCGAUACUGUCAUCAGAUACUGGAAGAAAUAUUCAAUAAAACCGAACUCUCAUUAGUUUGGGCUAAUGGGGAGUCCGAAAGUUCCAAAGAGAGACGUUUAUUGGAUGGUCAUAACCAUGGCAGAAAACCAGACUUCCGGAUCCUCUCAAAGAUUGAUGACACUAUAUUCGGUGAGAUAAAGCCACCGCAUUGCUCUAAUACCAUAAAUAAGAGUAUCAUUAAAUUAGCAGAAUUCAUGAAAGGGUCUUUAGAUUUUAUUAUUAAUAUUUACGGCUAUGUGGCUGGCCUGGAAACGUAUGAAUUAAAACCAAUAGGAAGCGAAAUUAAAAUUUUUAGUAUCGAUUUGGUAUAUGACGGUCUAUACCGUUGUAAUCUAUUAUCGAAAGUAUUGUUCCCGACGGAAAGUGCGAAUUUUUUAAACAUUAUCACUGUAGUAUCUACCCUAUAUUCAUUAUUGGAAAGGGCAAGAUCUACUAUUAAUAUUAUAAAUUCAUCUCAAUUAAUCACUGAAUCAUCCUCCCCCCGUCACUCAUAUUGUCGAAAUUCAAAUUCAUCGCCUAAAAAAAUACGUGUACCGAUA